AUGCGCGGGAAAUCCAAUGGGCUGAGUGGUGACCUGACGUUGAGAGUAACGAUCCGGAAACGGCGAAUGUAUCGAUCGUAUUGCGCGCAGCUUGUCAAGUCUGUGGCAGGCAACUCCAUGAUAAGUGCACAGCGCGAAGUGGAGAGGUGUGGACAGGGACAGCGCAAAGUGGAAGUUUCAAGGCCAAGAAACCCCGGAUUUGUGGUGUACAGUAGGGCCGGUGGUGACUUCCUGAAGGGGGAGGAGAAGCCGCGUGAUAAAUCUCGGUUGGCCAGAACACGAUCCAUCACGACGAGACGAACUGUCAAUUUGAGGGGCGCGCAAGAAAAACGGCGUUUCUUGGUAUUCCUGUCUAGCCCGGUGGCUGCACAGGUGACGGAGGCUGGCCGCACGCUCGGCCAAGACAACCGUUUUGCACUAAAGGCGCUGGCAGGCUGCACCUGCGCUGCUCUGUGA